UGAAAUGUUGAAUUGCUCUCCAAACAUUUUUCUAUUUAUGCUAAUUGACCUCUUCAUCUUUCCAUCUUUCCCACUUCGCAUUUAACCCUUCUGAAUUCAUCAAAUAAACAUGGUAGAUGGUACUCCGUACUAAUGACUAUUGUGUAUGUAAAACAUACACCACAAUAGCCCUUUUUAUUAGUACUAGACAACUCAUCCAUUAGCAAUGGUUCUAGUGUCAUUCUUCGUUGUUUGAGCGUGGGAGCCUGAUGGUGAAAGUCUAAUCUUCGUGCUCCACGGACGAGACUGUCGUAGCAGAUUCAGAGGCAGAAACAGAAUGUAGCACUGAAUCAGUUCGUGAUGCUGUUCCAUUAUGUGUACUAGACUCUGAUGAUGAAGGCAACAAGGAAACAACAGCCUUACAUGUUAUUGAAUCUCCGGAAAAUUAUAUCAAAGAUGAGCAUUCUAUGCCAUUUAUCAAGCCAAUAGAAGAUGAUCAAAAGAGGGGUACUAGUUAUGUCACAUCAAAAUCAAUCAAAGAUGAUCAUUCUAUGCCAUUUAUCAAGCCAAUAGAAGAUGAUCAAAGGAGGGGUACUAGUUAUGUCUCAGCAAAAUCAACCAAACAUGAUGAAGAUCGUGAAAUUCCAGAAAACAAUUCUUCUGCUGAUAAGUUGGAAGAGGGUUGCAGCAAGAUGUCAGGAGUCAAAACUGGUAGUAAAAUGUCAACAAGAAUUAAAAUUGACAACUCUGAAAGUGGGAAUUCAGAUAUUAUAUUCAGCCAAGAUUUGAUCAUUCGAGAAUGUAACUUGACAGCUAAAGUGAAAUCUGCUUCAAAUGUUGGAGUUGCAAAUUUUAAACGCUUCAGAAAGACACAAGUACCAUCUGGAAAUAGCUAUAGCAGCCUGAUUCCAUAUGCAAAGCACCCAUACAGAGAAUCUGACUACAAUAACGAUGAAGUAGUGGAAUCUAUAAAAGAGGAGAAGAAGAGAAAACAAAUGGAGGCUAGGGCAGAAGACUUGUUUAAUGAGAAGAAGGAUAAGCGUCGCGGGGUGGCGGGUUCUCUUCAUGGAGUUUUAACUCGUGGUUAACAAAGAUAUGCUGCUGAUGAUCAGUGGAUUUCAAAGUCACUGCGGCAAUUCAGCUUUAUGUAUAGAGUUUAUCAUAUUCCCUAUACUGUUAAGCUAUUCUCAUAUAUUAGUUUUGCAAUUUCUAGCCAUUGGAAAUGAAUCUCAGCUUAUUCUCGACCUGUUUUAUGUGUCUGCCUAGUUAACUUAUUAAUUUGGAUUGUUACUCUUAUCAGUCAGUUUCGUUAGAUAUUUCAUAUUGGGGGUGUUUGGAUGUGAUUCUUAAAAUUGCUUCUACUUCUUCAGUGAGCAGAAACCCGGAAGCUGGAAUGUUUGGGUGAAAGUAUAUAAAUAAUUCUGGGGCUCAAUUUACUCCUUGAAGCUGAAAGAAACCAGCUUAUGAAAACUGAUUUUGAUUAUGCUUAUGCUUAAAAAAAAUCAGAAGUAGAAUCAGUUCCAAACAUUCCCAUUAUAUCAAAUAUACAUUGUUCUAACUUUUUAUUAUUCCGAUUUUAUGAAACAUGUAUAUUUAAUUUUUAGUGUAGGUUUUGGGAAAACGUACCUGUGGUUUGGGCCAUUUUCAGAUAGGGGCAUGUGUUUCAUUUUCUAACAAAGUGGGGCAUGUGUUUCAAUUCCGUUAACAUAGCAGGGGCAUGGCGUCCAACACUGUUAGAAAAAUUAACUCCUGAUAGAGUAUUAAUUCUAGAGAGAAGUGAGAGCUAGAGAGAGAAAGUGAGUAAUUAUAUUUCUCAACCCCCUAUAACUAGCCCCAAGAGGUCUAUUUAUAGGUAAAAAUGUGGAUUUGGGCUCCUAGCCAUGGGCUUGACUUUUACUUAGAAUAUCGCAUAAGAAGUCAUGAUCAUGUAUUAUCACCGUUAAAAUUUGAAUGACAAGCUAG